UGCCCUUCUAAUUCCUAUUCCAUUCUAUUCCCAAUUCCUAAUCUAAUUCCUAUUCUAUCCUUAUCCCAUUCUAUAUUCAAUAGCUUUGAAUUCCUAAUUUCCCCCUGUAGAUGCAGAUAAGUAGAUGCAAUUUUCCCAUUCCGUCUCGGUGCUUGCUUUGAGCCUUCGGCUUUUUCCUCUGGGUGACGCGGGCAAUCCUGCCUUCACCCGGGCUGGGGAUUUUGGGAUUGCUCGGUCCCGCCCCCUCCCCGCCCGGCUUUCAGCGAAGGGUUUAAAGGCAGAGAGCUUUUUUCCUUUGCGCCUAGAGAGGAGGCAGGAAAGGAGGGCUGGGAUCCCAAUUUCCUGUCCUCUCCCGCCUCUUCCCCCACCCACCCCCGUCUCCCGCCGUUUGCUACGCCAGGACUGCGGAGAUCCCCUCGCGGGGAGGGGCGCCAGGAGAUCACGUUGUGGAUGAACCAGUGGUGAAAUCUAAACCUUUUUCCUACCGGUUCUUGGUAGUGGUCCCUUACAGCCCUGGAUUGCUGUGCUCUUUCAAGGUAUCCUCUGGAGCUGCGUCUAGUGCCCGAUUUGUUUCUAUUCAGCUUCCUAUUUCUCUUCAUUGCCCUUCUAAUUCCUAUUCCAUUCUAUUCCCAAUUCCUAAUCUAAUUCCUAUUCUAUCCUUAUCCCAUUCUAUAUUCAAUAGCUUUGAUUUCCUAAUUUCCCCCUGUAGAUGCAGAUAAGUAGAUGCAAUUUUCCCAUUCCGUCUCGGUGCCUGCUUUGAGUCUUCGGCUUUUUCCUCUGGGUGACGCGGGCGAUCCUCCCUUCACCCGGGCUGGGGAUUUUGGGAUUGCUCGGUCCCGCCCCCUUCCCGCCCUGCUUUCAGCGAAGGGUUUAAAGGCAGAGAGCUUUUUUCCUUUGCGCCUAGAGAGGAGGCAGGAAAGGAGGGCUGGGAUCCCGGUUUCCUUCCCCUUCCGCCUCUUCCCCCACCCACCCCUGUCUCCCGCCGUUUGCUACGGCAGGACUGCGGAGAUCCCCUCGCGGGGAGGGGCGCCAGAUGAAGGGGAUGUCCAGAAGACCAUCCUGAGCAAGGGAGAAUCAGAAGCACCAUUAAAAAGGAAUUUUCAGCUGGAAAUAAUUGAGUCUGUGAAACUCUCUGAAACACUCCAUGAAAAAGUCAAGAUCAGGAUCAUUUCCAAAUCCCAAAUAAUCUGGAAAUCCGGAAUGGAAGAGGUCACUUGGACAGGCCCAUAGGGCAGACAGUCAUACAAGCCUCAUCAUGUGAAGGAAGAAAGAGUAGCUUGAAUAAAAGCACCAUCGAAGAAGGGAUCACAAAUAUUUCGGACCUUGAGAAUCCAAAAAUGUAAGUGAUGGAAACACCCCUGCAAAAAUUUUAGAUCAAAGCUGAUUAUGCAUGAGAUGAUCCAAACUGGAGAAAAGUAUGCCCAGUGCCAUCACUGUGGCAAAAGCUUCAGAAAGCAGGCCACCCUAAGGAUACACCAGAGGACCCACACAGAGGAGAAAUCAUAUGAGUGUGUGUAUUGUGCGAAAAGUUACCGUAGCAAUUCUCAUCUGGUGAUACACCAGAGGACUCAUACAGGAGAGAAACCAUAUGAGUGUCUGGAUUGUGGGAAAAGAUUCAGUCAAAAUUCUCAUCUGUUGAGCCACCAUAGGAUUCACACUGGGGAGAAACCGUAUGAGUGCCCAGAUUGUGGGAAAAGUUUCAGUCAAAAUUACUAUCUGGUGAUACACCAGAGGACUCAUACAGGAGAGAAACCAUAUGAAUGUCUGCACUGUGGGGAAAAAUUCCGUCAAAGUUACCAUCUGGUGAGGCACCAUAGGAUUCACACAGGGGAGAAACCGUAUGAGUGCCCGGAUUGUGGGAAAAGUUUCAGUCACAAUUCCGAUCUGGUGGUACAUCAGAGGACACACACAGGAGAGAAACCAUAUGAGUGCCCGGAUUGUGGGAAAAGUUUCAGUCACAAUUCCGAUCUGGUGGUACAUCAGAGGACACACACAGGAGAGAAACCAUAUGAGUGCCUGGAUUGUGGGAAAAGUUUCAGUCACAAUUCUGAUCUGGUGGUACAUCAGAGGACACACACAGGAGAGAAACCAUAUGAAUGUCCUAAUUGUGGGGAAAAAUUCUGUUCGAAUUCUGACCUGGUGGUACAUCAGAGGACUCACACUGGGGAGAAACCAUAUGAAUGUCCUAAUUGUGGGGAAAAAUUCUGUUCGAAUUCUGACCUGGUGGUACAUCAGAGGACUCACACUGGGGAGAAACCAUAUGAGUGUCUGCAUUGUGGGAAAAGGUUCAGUAGGAAUUCCAAUCUGGUGAGCCACCAGCGGACUCACACUCGGGAGAAAUAUGAGUGCCCGGAUUGCGGGAAAAACUUCACUUGGAAUUCUGAGCUGGUUAUACAUCAAAGGAUUCACACAGGAGAGAAACCGUAUGAGUGCCUGGAUUGCGGGAAAUGUUUCCGUCGGACUUCUCACCUGGUGGGACACCGGAGGACUCACACGGGGGAGAAACCAUAUGAAUGCCCGGAUUGUGGGAAAAGUUUCAGUCAUGAUUCCAGCUUGAUGAAACACCAGAGUACUCACACAGGAGAGAAACCAUAUGAAUGCCCGGAUUGUGGGAAAAGUUUCAGCCACAAUUCCUAUCUGGUACUACAUCAGAGGACACACACAGGGGAAAAACCAUAUGAGUGUCUGGAUUGUGGGAAAAAAUUCAGUCGAAAUUCCUAUCUGGUUAGCCACCAGAGGAUUCACACUGGGGAAAAACCAUAUGAGUGUCCGGAUUGUGGGAAAAGUUUUAGUGCUAGGUCUAAACUUAUCAAUCAUCAGUCCAACCUAAGGAUACACCAGAGGACCCACAAAGGGGAGAAACCAUAUGAGUGUCUGGAGUGUGGGAAAAAAAUCAGUCAAAAUUCCCAUCUGGUGAGCCACCAUAGGAUUCACACAGGGGAGAAACCAUAUGAGUGCUCAGAUUGUGGGAAAAUUUUCAAUCACAAUUCCGAACUGGUGAUGCAUCAGAGGACACACACAGGGGAGAAACCAUAUGAGUGUCCGGAUUGUGGGAAAAGAUUCAGUCGGAAUUCCCAUGUGGUGAGUCAUUAUAAGAUUCACACAGGGGAGAAACCAUAUGAGUGUCUGGAUUGUGGGAAAAGUUACAGUAGCAAUUCCUAUCUGGUGGUACAUCAGAGGACACAUACCGGGGAGAAACCGUAUGAGUGCCCGGAUUGUGGGAAAAGUUACAGUCAGAAUUCCAAUCUGGUCAUACAUCAGAGGACACACACAGGGGAGAAACCAUAUGAGUGUCUGGAUUGUGGGAAAAGAUUCAUUCGGAAUUCCUAUCUGGUGAACCACCAUAGGAUUCACACAGGGGAGAAACCAUAUGAGUGCUCGGAUUGUGGGAAAAUUUUCAAUCACAAUUCCGAACUGGUGAUGCAUCAAAGGACACACACAGGGGAGAAACCAUAUGAGUGUCCGGAUUGUGGGAAAAGAUUCAGUCGGAAUUCCCAUGUGGUGAGCCAUUAUAAGAUUCACACAGGGGAGAAACCAUAUGAGUGUCCGGAUUGUGGGAAAAGUUACAGUAGCAAUUCCAAUCUGGUCAUACAUCAGAGGACCCACACAGGAGAGAAACCAUAUGAGUGUCCAGACUGUGGCAAAGGUUUCAUUCGCAAUUCCAACCUGGUGAUACAUAAGAAGACUCACACUGGGGAGAAGCCAUACAAGUGUCUAGAUUGUGGGAAAAGUUUCAGUCAGAAUUCCCAUCUGGUGAACCACCAUAGGAUUCACACUGGGGAGAAACCAUAUGAGUGCCUGGAUUGCGGGAAAUCUUUCCAUCGGAAUUCUUACCUGGUGAUACACCAGAGGACUCACGCAGGGGAAAAACCAUACAAGUGUCUGGAAUGUGGGAAAAACUUCACUCGGAAUUCUGAGCUGGUUACACAUCGAAGGAUUCACACAGGGGAAAAACUGUAUGAAUGUCUGGACUGUGGGAAAAGUUUCACUCGGAAUUAUACCCUGGUGAUACACCAGAGGACUCAUACUGGAGAGAAACCCUAUGAAUGUCUGGAUUGUGGGAAAAGAUUCAGUCACAAGUCCCAUCUAGUGAGCCACUGUAGGAUUCACACUGGGCAGAAACCUUUCAAAUGUCCAGAGUGUGAAUGGUGCUUCACACAAAAUUUCUCCCUUACUGCACACAUGAAAAUCCAUGUGAAGCAGAGGGUGAUGACUGUAGAGAAGGCUUGAAUUUCAUUUCUGAGCUGCCUAUAAAAAUAUGGUUGAGAAGUUAACUCUUUCAUUUCUGGCCUUGAUUCAGUUAGUCAAAUGUGCUUCAGUAUUAAAGAUGAGGGGGAAAAGAAAAUUUAAUAAAGGCUAAUUUCCCAUCAGCAGAAUUUAAUGGACAUUCACUGGUAGAGAAAUAGCACAUUUCUGCAAAAAAGACUUUUAGGAUGAUCAUCAUAUAUCAUAGAAAUGCCCGGGCAGAAUUUCAGGAGAGGGCCACCAGAAUAUGUUUUUGUUUCCAGUGCCCUCAUCAAUUUUGUUGCUCAUCUCUGCACUUUCUUGACCAGCGAUGGCUUUUUGCCAUUGCGUGCCAAAUGCAGGGGGGGCAUAGGGGGGUUGUGCAUGGGCGUGCCCACACCCAUAAUCGUAUGCAUGUGAUUCCCAUGCAUGCACACACGACUCUUCCUCCGCGCAUGUCCGUGCGACCCCCGCCCUCUCCCCCACUUUGGUGCUGCCUCCCCCCCCCUGCCCUUUAGAAGUUUCCAGAGGGAGAAAAACCACCCCUACGGGCAAACUGGAAGUUCAGGAACGGACUUCAGGGUUUCCUAUAGGGCUGUUUUUCUUCCUCCAGAGGCUUCAGGGAAGCCUCCUGAAGGCGAAAAAUGGACAAAAAUGAAAGCUGAAGUCAGCUGGCCAGCGCUCGCAUGGACGUUGUAGCUGACAGGCCAACGCCUUGCGUGCCCUAACAAAUAGCUCUGUGUGGCACCUGUACCAUAGGUUCACCAUCACGGUUCUAGAGUCUCAACAUCUUUUUGUAUUAUGUGACCAAACCUGGACACACUAUUCCAAGUAUGGUCUCACCAAAGUUGUAUAAAGCUGUACUAACACUUCAAUAUUCCAUGCCUGGCUUCAGUCACAGAAUUUUUCCGAAUCCCUCCACUGUUUA